AUGUCGGAAACGGAGCAGGAGAACUUCGGCAAAAACCACAUGGCCAUCGUGCUGGGCAUCGGGCUAGGUGUGGUAUUGUUGAUUAUCAUCUGUCUAUUGUGGGUGUUCAUGCUCGUCCUGACUAUAUAUUCCUCCAACUCACCCACCAUUAAUAGAUUAACCAUCUUCGUGAACCGCCGCGACCGCCAGGCCUUUCUGCGUCAUCGCAAAGACCCCAGUGAACGGUUGCGCAGCUUGGAUGCUGUGUCCCCGACUAGCACACUUGAGCAGUGGUGGUCGGCCACAAAAGGAAAGCUAGGACUGUCUGAAGCGGUGGACGGGCAGUUUGUCUGGUGA